CGGGUGGCCGAAGCCGUGAGGUUGAAGCAAUGUCUCAAGGUAGUGUUUUUUCCGGGCCAAACUGGUCAAGGAAUUGUUCCCUUUGAUCACUUGAAAAGUGACGCCAUCGAUCUUUGGGAUGGAGUCGGCUGCGGCGGCAGCCAAAAGUGUGAAAUAGCACAUUUGGAGCUGAUGAGGCGACAGGAAGGAGAGGCGGGAGAGGCUUGGGAGUACGAUCAUGUGGAUGUCAGCCAUUUCCUGAAGGAAGAGUUCAAAGUUGGCGCGAAAGUUGAUGCCUGCAACGGCAAAGAGUGGUGUAGGGGGACACUAGUUGGUGUUCCCUCAAGGAUACCGAAUAAACCCAAGGACUCAAAAUGGACCAUACAAUCUCGAAGUAGUGGGCAGCUGUUCGUAACUGAUCGCAUAAGGCAUGCUGAUUUCAUACAAACCAUGCUUGCAGAAGUUGGACGUGAACACUUCAUCGGCCUGGUGAAAAACUCGUUACCGCCAGAUCUCAAGACCUUCAAGGAUCAGGAAUUCUUAUUCCCCGAUGGCACUCCAUCACUGGCGAUUAGACUUCGCAUCAAGCAUAUUGAUUUACUUUUGCGCGUGCGCGACUUGGUCUUGAGCAAUGAGUUGGAAAGCAACAUCAACAAAGGUUUGGUCAACUGGCAAAUCCAUGUGGACAAGACAUUCUUUUGCAAAGUUUUCGAACUGGAAUUGCAGAACCUAUCAGACUUGACAGACCAUCAAAAGGAGAAAGUGGGAGAAAUCAAGGAUCUCAUUGAAGGUGAAGACGUCCAUCUAUCGGCCCCUGCAGGAGCUGGGAAGACGUUCGUAGCUGCUGGAUAAGCUCAGAAGCAAUCAUGAAGGACACAUUCUGUUCGUGGCACCUUCCAUUGCCCUUGGCCUCUACUUCGUGUGGUGGCUCGCUCAGAGCCCUCCAAGCCGUGGGAAGCUUCAUAUGUUGUUGAGGCGCAUUGUGUUGAUGGAACAUCCAUACCAACAUUUUUUGAGCUUGCACGUUGACGGUGACCGCUUGGGUUGGACGACCUUGCCCGACAGCAAGAUGCGAUUUCUCUUGACCAUCAUCGAUGAAGCACAUGAUAUUUUCUGUACAGAUGGGAACAGCGCUUUUCUGGAAGAGAAGAUUGAGGCACCACGACAAGUGCUGUUCUUGUCGAGCGUAUCCCAAAACUCAUUUGGUGCAGUGGACUUUCCACCAGCCAAAAAGAUCACAAUGACCCAAGUGGUGCGCAGUACGCAGAGGAUCGUGGCUGGGGCAGCUGCAUUUCAAGCAAGUGCGGCAGAGAAACAUCAGAUCGGCUCAUUAUGCCCAGCUGGGCCCCCUCUGAAGGCUUUCCUCUUUGAGUCUGAUGGACAGCUUUACGAAAACUAUGCCGAACACACUGUAUCUGCAUUAUUUUUUGUCAUGUGCAUCUACGCUGGACUCAGUUUGCACAAGCGCCUGGCGCUUUUGGUUCCCAACCCUGACUUUCUGGAGCAGUUCCGAGAUGCGUUGCAAAGACAUUUCUUGACGGCACGCCUUGCAGGGCGAAACUUCAAGCUGAUAUCGUUUACUGAGUCGCUACGCAUGCUCCCAAACGUCAAAGUGAAGCAGGCCACACAUGCCGACAAUGCAGAGCUGAUAGUGCUGGACACGGUGGAGAAUGCAAAGGGACUGGAGUCACUCAUGGUGGUGUGCAUUGGUCUGGAUCAAAAAGUUGGUGACCAAAGUGCAAAUCAGGUUGGACGUUCCAUUAUUUAUCAGGCUAUCACUCGGGCGCAGCUUCAGGCAGUGAUUGUGAACCAGCUCCUCCGAGGAGGUUGGCUGGAAUUCUUGGGGGUCACGAAAUUCAAAAGUGAUACCUUCAAUGAAUCCACAGCUAUGGCCGAGACCACCACUGCUUCUGCUGAAGCCUUGACGAAAGUGCAGCUGCCAUCGAAGUUGGCAAUUCAGGCCUCGCAGGAAGAAGAGGAUGCCAGGGUCCAAAGAGAUGCUGAAGAGACGGGUGCUGUUCCACGUUCAAAGCCAAUGUCGGAAGAUCAAGACGCCACAACUGCACCUCAGGCAGGUGACAAGCCCGAUGACAAGUUGGUCGAGAUCAAGGAUUCAUCUGUGUGGGAUGCCGAUGUCAUUGACAUCAAGGAGCCGAUCUCACAGCUGCAGUUUGACCCUCGAUCACCCACGGGAAAAGCGGAAGAGGUAGCAUCCUUGGAGGCUGAAGAAGUCCGAGAAGCCCGAGAAGCCCAAGAAGCUGCCGAUGCAGAGGAAGCUGCAAGAUGCGACAACGACAUCGUCAUGGCGGCCCUCAAUGGCCGCCUCGGCGCGGUGCGCCACCUGCUGCGGACGGUGCCCGGCGCCGUGGCCAGGAAGGACGGCGACGGGUGGACCGCGCUGCACGAGGCGGCGAUCAGAGGCCGCGUGGAGAUCUGCCGGGUGCUGCUGGCGGCGGGGGCCGAGGUGGAUGCCAGGAACGACGAAGGUGGUACCCCGCUGCAUUUUGCGGCGUAUAAUGGCCGCGUAGAGGUGGUGAAGCUGCUCGUCGAGGCGAAGGCCUCGGUGACUGUGAAAGACAACAAAGGCCACGGAGAUGCUGAUGGUUGGUGGCAGGGGCUGCUUCCGCGGGAGGAGCAGCUGACUGCCUUCAUGUCCUGCCUUGAUGUCCCUGGUCAUUUGUUGCGGCCGCUCGAAUCAGACAGCCGCUGUGGCGCCUUUCUGGUUGGAGGCUUCCCAGGUAUCUACGGUCCAAUUGCAAAUUUCGGGAAUCGAAUUGGAUAUCUUCUUUGCACCCUAGCUUGUUCCAGCUUGUUUGAACCACGUCCAAUUUUCACAGUCCUGAAUCAGCUGCAGUCGAAGACGACGACCUUCGACGACAUCCCUGAGGAGGUGGCGCAUGGAUUCGUGCAGCAGUUCUUGGGCGGACAGCUGACUCCGGCUGGGAAAGGAAUGACGAGCACCUUAUCCUUUCACCUGACCAAGACUCAUGAGUCCGUGAAGCGCAGGAGCGGACGCUUUGACAGAUGCUACACUGGAGGAAGUGUGUCAUACUACCCCACGUCGCGAAAGCUGUCCAUCAGAACUGCCAAUUCCAUUGCCAGAAGAGGCACCAUCAACUUGCUGGACCUCUGGGAGAAAUACAAAGAAGACAGCAGGCCUCUGAUUGAGCAGAUCAAAGAUCAUCCAGAGAAGUUCCACAAGGAAAAGAUGACAUCGGGUCGCUACAAGGGCCAAUUCUUUCAGACGGUGUACAACAAGGAAGGAUACCUGGACUUUGUGAAAAACAACCCGGCCUACUACGUGAACUCGAAGGUCUUGCGGACGCGAAUGUUCUAUGAAUAUGCCAUGGCGCUUGACCAGCAGGGCGUGGAACCGAAAGCCAGGCCAAAGAAGCGCCACUUGGAGUCAGACUGUCGUGGCCCUGAACAGCGGAAGAAGCUGCCGAUGACUUAUGCGGAACAGGCAGGUGCCGCGGGAUACAGCUCUGAAGAUGGGGCAGAAGGCUCGUCCAGCAGGCUCACCAUGGGCAGCGGUGGCUCGGUUCAGUUCCAGCUGACAGCCGAGGAGGCCGUGGACAAGAAAUGCGCUGUAAAGAGCACACCCGGAGCUGCAGAUGUCGAUGCCUUUGUGGCUGGCGGCCUCGCCCAGGUGAGAUUUCGAGACGGCGGAAAUUGUGCCAGAGGUUUAAGGGGUGUGUUGAGUGUGCCUUGCAAGGUCCCGAGUCUUAGGAGAAGAGUGGAGGAGCUGCAGGCCGGAGCUGAAGAGGCAGAGAGACUCCUCGACGAGGCACAAGCGCAAUUCCCAGAGGCGCCCAUUCUGCGAGUGCAAUGCAGAGAGGCCGCAGUGGAGACCGCCCUUGCACAGGCAACCUGGGCCAUGAAUGUCCCUGUUCCAGCAUGGGACGAAGACUCGGCAGCGCCGAGAACCACAGCGGCUGCGCCGCCGAUGCAGGGCAGCGCCCUACCACCGGCCGGAAGCUCCGCCAGUUCUACAAUCCCGAUGAUGAAGCAACAGGCUGCGCCUGGCUUUCAUAUGCCACCACCUGGUGGGUCCCCUCAUGGUGCUGGAGCACAAGCACAAGGACUACCACAGAUGAUGCAGCAGCACGGGAUACCCAUGAUGACACAACAGAUGCCACAGCAACUGUUGCAGCCGCAAGGGAUGCCUAUGUUAGGCCCGGGCGUUCCAAUGAUGACACCGUUGAUGCAGCACCCGGCUAUGAUGAUGCCACAACAAGGAAUGCCAACUGGCAUGCCGAUGAUACCACCAUUGCAGCAGAUGAUGAACCCUGCAAUGAUGACAGGAUCGAUGACGUCUCUGCAAGGUUGGUGGCCGCCACAGGACAUGAGGGCAUCUACGAGCUCUGGAUCAUGGAUUGUGGCAGACACGGACAAGGGCCAUGACAAGGGCCUCGAGAAGGGCAAAGGCGGCAAAGAGCAUGGACAGGUGAAAGGUACUUCCAAAGGUGAUGGAAAAGGGCGAGAUGGACCACGGAAGCUUCCGAAGCCACUGGCCAAGAAACCCGUCAAGAAGGAAGAGGUUCCAGAUGACUUCGAUGAGGAUCCACCCGAUGAUGAUGAUGAUGGUGACGGAAGUCAGUACUCAUAUACGUAUGAGGAGGAGGAGGAUGAGCAUGGGGAAGAGGAGACCAUGACCAAUGACCCAACAUACAGGUCUUCAGCCAUGCCAUCAAGGGAACCAUCCAAUGCGGGUGAUGCCAGACCACCAUUGCCAAAGAAGAAGCGGGAAGAAACAAGACCGGCAGAGCCGAAGAGGACUGCGACAAAGUCCCGGGCAACGCCCGCUGGCGGCGCCAGAGAAGAUCAGGGGAGCAGCGCUCCACCAUCGGAGGGCAGUGGCAACACUGAUGCCAUCAGGGACAUCCUCGCCAGGAACUUGAAGCAGUCUUCAGCAGGGGACAAAGUAGGAGGAGCACGUAGUGCACUGUCCCAGGUCAAGGUGGAGAUGUUCCGUGGAUCUCGAUCUACGUAUCGGGACUGGAAGAAGACACUUCAGGUGCAGAGAGGGCUCUACAAGCUUUCAGAACCUGAAAUGGCUGCCCUGGUAUACCUCUCCACAGCAGGCGAAGCAAGAGACAUCGUCAACCAACUGGAAGUCACUGAACGCCAGGAAGAAGCUGGUUUCGCCCGAGUGAUGAAGCUCCUCGAUGACACCUAUGAGAAGCAGGCGGACGAGCGCUUCGAGCAGAAGCAGGAAGAGUUCAUGACAUUCCGAAGGCCUCAUGGCAUGGCCAUGUCAGCCUAUAUAGCAAAGCUGAAGAGACUAAAAGGUGAGUAUUUGAAGGAAGAUACGGAUACUCGCAUCAGCGACCGUGCCUAUGCCCAGCGUCUUUUGACGCGUGCUGGCUUGUCCAAGAAAGAAAGGACAGAGAUCUUUUUCGCUGCGGGUGGCAGAUACCGGACAGAGCAGAUCGAAAAGGUGCUCCGUUUUAGGUGUGCUACUUUGCACACCGAAGAAGUGGAGAAGUACCGGUACGGCAAGUCACAUGCAGAUCUCAAGAGCAAACCUCGGAAGGUUUACUCCAAAGCAAGCGCAAGGACAGGCGUAUGGCGGAAGAAGAGGCACGAUGCCCAUCUCACAGAGGCAGAGCCUGAAGACGAGGUGGACCCUGAAGAAAGCUUCCAGGAGGAAGAAGACGAUGAUGAGCUGGACAAUGAGGACCUCGAGCAGGAGGCGUAUCCAGCAGAUGUCCGUGACUAUCACGGGGGUGAUGGGUUUGAAGCGGAUUGGGGAGGAGACACCGAAGAGGAAGAAGAAGAAUGGGAAAUGAAUGAUCUUCGAGAAGCAUACACAGCUGGAUGGAAGGCUCGACAGCAGAGUGCUGAGAUGAGAAAAGGCCGAGGCUAUAAGGGUCAAGGAGGAAAAGGCCGGAAGGGUAAGCAGAAGGAGCGACCUCCUGAUCACCGCCGCAUCGAAGAUCGAAAGAAGGCUUCCAAAUGUGCCGUUUGUGGCAAGUAUGGGCACUGGAAAGGUGAUCCUCAAUGUGCCAAGGUCAAGAGCGGUGAGUUCCCCGAACGAAAGCAACCUGGGGCCAAGCAGGAGCAGGAUACGCUCUUUUCUCAGACAGUGAGCCUCAAGAAGGAGAAGCCGGAGGAGGAAGAUUCCCCAGACCGAGGAGGUGGUUCCAAGAGCAUCCAUGUGAGCAGGGUGAAUUGGACUUUCAUGACCUCCAGCGGCUGGGACUUGGUGCAAGAGUACCCAAGUGACUCAGAGGUGUCGAGCUCAGAGGAUGAAGAGGAGAAGCCACCGGAAGAUCCGCUUUAUCGGGCGCUGACUCCAGAGAAAUCUUCAGCGGCAGGGGAUCCCGUGAAACGCACCAAGGUGAAGCUGAAGGCCGUCCUGAAGGCCUUGGAAGGGAUCAUUGAAGAUGAGGACGAGAGAAAGAAGCUGAAGCGGGCGCAGCGACGCCACAAGAAAAGUAAGAGGAAAGAGGAUGAUGCCAUGAGCGUGGAUGCACCGGAAUUGCUGGCCAUCCUACCGCAUCUGACCAAGGAUGAGAAGAGGGCGCUCUUGAAGCAGCUUCUGGCAGAUGAAGAGGAGGAAGCCGCACGUCAUGUGCCGAGCCUGGAGGAAUUUCCGAAGCCCAGACACAAGGGUGGAUAUCCGGCUGAGCCGGCACGAUCUCUGGCAGCGUCCAGUAAAUCACGGGCAGCGCCCUCGUCAGCAGCCAGUGGGGCUGGAAGUGAGCCUCCGACGGAUGACGUUCCACUAGCCGUCAAGAAGAAGAGGCUGGAGGAGUUUCGCAGACAGCUCUACCAGAACGCACUUGCUUCAAAAGGGCGAGUGCGGUUGUCGGAGGCAUCAGACGUGCCAACGGGAGCACAAGACCAAUGCCCUCACGACUACACGUUUUUGAAGUGGGGAGCCAAUGGAUCUGCACACUGGGCCGAUUGCACAGGGUGCAAGUUGAAAAAGGAAGAUAUGCCCACCACAAUGGACCUGAUACUUGAUACCGGCUGCAGAACAGCCGUGGCUGGUAGCAAGUGGCACCAGCGGUAUCAAGCUUGGCUCCGGAAGCGCAAUUUGAUGUGGAACACGGUGGAGCACGAAGAGGUUUUUCGUUUUGGAGCUGGCCGACCAAUUUUGUCAGUGGAGGCUCAUCUCGUAUACCCAGUACGCGUGGGAGGUUUGAAGAGUUGGAUGAGACUAGCCGUGGUCGAGUCAGAGAAAGACCCUCGAGUUGCAGAUUGCCCAGCAUUGGCCGGCCCUUCAGAACUAGCCAGGUGGGGAGUGCGUAUGGAUUUUGCCAAACAGAGCAUCUCCAUCGGCAAUGGUGAGUGGCAGAAGCUCAGGUUGUCUUCAUCACGACAUCCAGUGUUGAAUGUCCUACCACCGGAAGGUUCGACAAGGGCUAUGUGGGAAACCAAGGAAGCAGUGGAACUGCGUGAAAAGCUGGAGAGAGAUCCCUACAGCAUGGCUCUCCUUCAGGAACAGGUGGAUGAGAUUGCUGUGGAGGACUUGGAAAAGUUGAGGAUUGAGACCUCCAGCGAAGGAUCAACUGAGCCGAUUGAGGACCUCCUUCAAGCUGCGGAUGAGGAGUUUGAUGUGGCUGCAGCGCAUUGGCAGGAAUCUAUGGAAGAAGAAGCCAUCCGAAAGUGGGAUGAACUUGGAUUGCCACCGGAAGCUUUCCGAAGGGCAGCCGAGUCUAGUUCGGGGGAAGACACUUCUGCAGGAACCCCCUCGGGCACCCAGUCUAUCUCAGAAGAAGAUGCCAAUGAUGUCAGGUCAGACACCUCAACGGAGACCAGCAGUGAAGAGGAGGGUGAAAAUCUGGAGACCAUUUUGGUCGCGGAUGCCGGCUGCGCCGAUGAGGAGCACCUCACAAAGGGUCAAAGGAGAAGACUUCUGGCAGCGUCCAAAGAGAUCGGGGAAGUUGCGAGUGCAGAGGCAAAAGUGAGAGCGCCCCGAGUGAGGCAGAGCCUGAGACCCAAAGGUGCACUGAAACUGAUUGAAAUCUUUACCUGGUCGUGCAUGGUGACCCAGGUGGCAUUCUCACGAGGCUGGGAGACUUUUGAACCCGUGACUUUGCCGGGUUGGGAUUUAGCUCAGGAGAGCACCCAAGCUGAAGCUAUGCGCUACCUGGAACGCAUCGAUCCUGAUGCAAUAGUCAUUGCUUGGCCGUGUGGACCAUGGUCCCCCCUUCAGAACCUGAACAUGAAGACCCCUCAGCAGAGGCGAGCACUGAAGAGGAAGCAGAUGGAAGCCAGGAGGACACUGCUAUCCUUUACACGGCGCGUGGUGCUGUGGCAGAGAAGAAGAGGAAAGGCAGUGAUUGGAGAAAAUCCUCAUCCAUCGAGGGCCUGGAAAACGCCAGAAGUGCUUGAUGCAUUUCAAGGCUGUUCAGAGGCGGUUGCCGACCAGUGUCAAUUUGGUUUGAAACACCCAGUUACAAAGUAUGCCAUGAAGAAGAGGACUCGCUUCAUGGGGCAGCAAGAAGUGGUGGCACCACUGAGAAGGACUUGCUCUCAAGACCAUGAGCAUUGGCCUAUUGAGGGGAAGUUCAGAGGAGAAGAUGGCAAAUGGCAAGCACUAUCUGAAUGGGCUGGAGGAUACCCGGUUGCUUUAUGCCAUGCCAUCGUCGAUGGAUUUGAGAGCUACUACAGAGGAAGAAGCUCGGUCUAUGUUGAAGACCAAGGUGACGAACACGCGAUCUCAGAUGGAGACAUGAUUGAUGGUGAGGACGCCAUCCAUGAGGAGGAAGAGAUCUUGGAUGAGGCGUUACAGAAGGACGAGGUGGAUUUGACGGAGAUGAAAGAUGAUGCCGUGAAGCAUGCCAGACAGUGGCAGUGUCCGGUGUGUGCUGAGAGAGCAGCACCAAAGCAUCCACAAGCUGCAGCUCCUUCUGUGAGGCCAUAUGGAUUCAAUCAACAUAUCCACGUCGACAUCAAGUACGUCUACGAUGUGCGAAAGAAGAAGUAUGCAUGCCUGAGCAUCCUGGACCUAGGAACGGUCAAACACGAUGCAGUGAUGCUGAAAAGCAAAAGAAGCACCUAUGUGGCUCAGGAGUUCUUUCGCCAUUGGGUGUCUAGCUAUGGGCCACCAGGCAAGAUAAGCCAUGACCAAGGAGGAGAGUUCGAGAAAACCUUUGCUCUCUACCUUGAGCAGAUGGCUGUACCAUCAGACGUCACGGCAGCACAUGCUGGCUGGCAACUUGGAGCAGGCGAACGCCACGGAGGACUGCUAGGAGACUUGGUGCAAGCGGUUGUUCAUGAACACAGUCUUGAAGGAUACCACCAAGUCAAGGAAGGACUUGCCGCCGCAGUGGCCGCCAAGAAUUCCACGAUCACCAAGGACGGAUAUACUCCAAACCAAAGGGUCUUUGGAGUUGAGGUGAAGUGGCCAAGCCUCACUGAUGAGGAAGUGAAGCUCUCCUUUGCAGAAGGAAUCGCUGUGGAUAGUGAAGUUUCUCGAGCCCACAGGAUGCGGACUACGGCAAGGAUUGCCUUGAUCAGGCAAGAUGGGAAGGAAAAGGUUCGCAGAUCUGUCCUGCGAAAGCCAGCGGUGUCGCAGAGCGCACCAUUUGUCCCAGGUGCUCAAGUAUUCUUCUGGGUGCCCAGUAAUCAAAAGGGAGUGAGAUAUCGGAAAGGAGGUGAAUGGCGUGGUCCUGCAACAGUUUUGGUGCGGGAAAAGAACAAGAGAUAUUUCGUCAGCUGGAGAGGAAGGUUUCUACUGGUUGCCGAGGAGAACCUCAGGCUCUCCACCAAGGAGGAGUUGGCUCUCAACGAGACUAUCCGAGAGGAUAUGGAUGAUGUUGGUGAAGCCUUGAGAGAUGGAGGAGUUCCCAACCUCUAUCGGGACUUGAGACCGAAGGGUCCACCACCUCCGAGAAGGCCUUUACGACCAAGGAGACCCAGGAAAGAGCAACCUCCGGAACCUGGGGAUCAGAGAAAGGCCAGGCUGAUGAUGAGAGGCACCAAGACGGUCAGGAACAUAAUCCGAGACCCUCAACGUCGUGCAAUCCAAAUGAUGCCGAGACAGAGAAAGCGUCCAGUAGCAUCAGCACCGGCAGCUGCCGAGGAACGACCGCAACGGGCCCUGGCUGAGCCAGAACAACCUGCACUGGCUGCGCCAGAACCUGUGCAAGCUAAACGACGGAGAAGACAGCUGGCGUUAGAAGACGGUGAAGUCCAUCAACCAGGAGAAGAUGAAGAACGACAGGAGACAGCUGUGGAAACAGAUGGAGCGCCGGCAGAGUCAGCAUCAGGUCGAUCUCUGGCAGAGCCAGUACCUGUACGAGAAGAAGAUGUUCCCAUCGGAUCUGAUUCAGAUGAUGAGCCCAAUACACCGGCAGCGCCGAACGAUGAUGAUUUCCAAAGGGAACUGAUUGGAAGAAGAAGGCAGCGCCUGACACCUGAGGAAAGGCAGCGCCUAGCAUUAGAUGACGUACCCGUGACUAUCAAGAAGCGACUGCAUGCUGAGAUUGACGAGGAAGCUCCUCACAGUAAGAGGGCAAGAGUUACAGAAGCUCUCGUUGCACAGGUGAUGCUUGGAACACUUUAUGAGGAGAAUGGCCGAGCCAAUGAAUGGGUGAGUCAGUAUGAAUUGGCUUUACUCCGGGAGUUGACUGGUCUGCCUUUGACUUCCGCAAGACUGCAUCGCCAACCCAGAAAGAAGAUGGCUAGACCACCAAAGCUGACGAUCCUGAUUGGCCAGGAUCCGAGAGAGAUGCCGAAAGACCCCAAGAGAAGACGGGGAGCAGUGAAGAGCUAUGUGGAAAAGGAUGGGGAUAUCUAUGGGGUGCAAUGGAGCUCUCGGCAGCGCAAAGCCUUUGAAAAGGAAUGGCUGGCUGAAUUAAAAGAUAUCCUGCUGAGUGAGGUGAUGCUGUUAAAGAUGAAGAAAUCUGGAAAGGAAUUGGAUCCUAAGUUUUUCGACAAUGAGGAAAAGAAGCUCUACGAGGAGAGUGACCGGAAGGAAUGGUCACAGUGGAUCCAGAAUGGUGUGGUGAGGAGGCUCACACCUGAAGAGCGGAAGAAGGUCUCGCCAGACACAGUUUUCAGGACACCAAUGAGGAUGGUUAGGACCAAUAAACAGCAAAAGGGGCUUUUGCCUGUUCUGGCAAAGAGCCGCCUGGUGCUACCGGGACAUACCGACCCUGGACUUGGAAUGUUCAGAACCGACAGUCCAACAACAGGACUGGUGGCAGUAAGAAUGGCCAAAGCGGUGGCGCAGUUUCGAGAUUGGAUCAUCUGGGUUUUUGACGUGACCACAGCUUUUCUGAGUGGCCUGGCAACGGAACGUGAGAUUUAUGCCAAAGCCCCGCCUGAUGGAUUGCCGGCAACUGAUGGUUGGUCACAGGUCCUACCCUAUGAACUGCUGAGGAUUAUGAAAUCAGCAUACGGUCUGGCAGAAGCACCGAGGUUAUGGUACCUUCGUGCAGUGCAGUUGAUCCACCAGACAUCCCUUCGUGAAGUUCCAGCUGCAAAAGCUACAUUUGUAGCCUCGGAGCGAGGGGAGACGUAUGCAAUCUUGUGUCUGCACGUUGAUGAUGGAUUGCUGCUGGGACAUCCACAAGACGCUCGAUAUUUGAAGCUCAAGGAUGACCUGAACAAGCUGUUCAAGAUCAAGGAGUGGCGUCAAAUGCCAGUGACAUUCCUGGGGGUAGAUAUCAAGACAGGAAAGAAACCAGGAAUUUAUGACGACAUGAGCUCCUACGUGCAUGGGAUCAAGAUUCCAGAAGCUGAAAAGAAGAAAGGUGCAGAGCCACUGGAACCGGAAGAUGUGACGCGGUUCAGGCAACUGACGAUGCGUCUACGCUGGCCGGCCCAGCAGGCCAUGCCACAAAAGCUCUACGAGGUCAGUGCCUUGGCCCAAAAGGUGAACAGAGCCACCUAUGAUGACUUCAAAGAAGCGGUCAAACUCCAUGGAAGUUUCCUAGAGGAGGUAGAAGCCGAGAGGGGAUCUCUCUAUUAUCCCCGACAGAAAGGUAAGCCAUACCUUCUGAGCUUUUUCGAUGCCUCUCUUGGAAAAGAAGAAGACGGUCGCUCGCAGCUUGGUGGAAUCCACUUUUUGACAACUGAAGCUGUCAAGCAAGGACCUGCUUUGGCUGCGCCAAUUGAAUACCACUCAUCGCGUUCUACGCGGGUGGUGAGGAGUUCCAUGGCCGCGGAGAGCAAUGCGAUGUCCCUGACUGUGGACCGGCAUCUCUACCUGAGAAUCCUGCUGGAUAUCCUAUGGACAGGAGAGAUUGAGAUCAAGGAGGAAUGGCGCAAGCAUCUACGUUUUGGAGGAGGCCUCGUGACAGAUGCUCGAUCCUUGUGGGAUCAUCUCCAGACGACGCUUAUUCCUUCGGAGCGUCAAACUAUGCUUGAUCUCCUUGUGGCCAAGGAUAUGAUGAGCCAGAAGAUCUUUGAAACCUAUUGGGUUCCGACCCAUCGCCAAAUGGCUGAUAUGCUCACCAAGAGGAUGAAAGCCAUCCUAUGGGACAAGUUCUGCAAGGAGAACACCCUGUCCUUGAAAGAGACGCCGGAAGAGCGAGCUCUCGAGGAACACAGGCAGAGCUUGAGAAGGCAACAGCGGCAGCGCCGCAAGGUCAAAUUUGGCAAAGCCAAAUCCGGUAGCACCGGGACCUCUGCUACUGGCAGCGCCACCUGGGCCAUGAAUGUCCCUGUUCCAGCAUGGGACGAAGACUCGGCAGCGCCGAGAACCACAGCGGCUGCGCCGCCGAUGCAGGGCAGCGCCCUACCACCGGCCGGAAGCUCCGCCAGUUCUACAAUCCCGAUGAUGAAGCAACAGGCUGCGCCUGGCUUUCAUAUGCCACCACCUGGUGGGUCCCCUCAUGGUGCUGGAGCACAAGCACAAGGACUACCACAGAUGAUGCAGCAGCAGGGGAUACCCAUGAUGACACAACAGAUGCCACAGCAACUGUUGCAGCCGCAAGGGAUGCCUAUGUUAGGCCCGGGCGUUCCAAUGAUGACACCGUUGAUGCAGCACCCGGCUAUGAUGAUGCCACAACAAGGAAUGCCAACUGGCAUGCCGAUGAUACCACCAUUGCAAGCCUCCGUCGUGUUUGCCAACUUGUACCUUGCUGCUUUUGACGAUUUUCUUGUUCAGAGAUGUUCCUGGAUUUUCAUGUGGAAGCGUUACAUAGAUGAUGCUUUUGCAAUAUUUCCUCUGGACUCAAAAGACGAGUGUCUUCAAGAACUCAACAUCUGGCAUCCGAACAUCGUUCGGGAGAUGUCCGGUUCCGGUAUGGCAGUGAAUUUCCUGGAUCUUAGUUUGACACUGCACAUGGGAGAUCAUUCCAUUUCUUUUGAGACUUUCCGAAAGCCGCAGAACGCAUACUUGUACUUGCCACGGACUUCAUGUCACCCACCCAGUGUGUUCAAAGCUUUGGUGAUUGGUGAGACGCAGAGGCUACACAGAACAAACCGAAAGGAUGCCAAAGCUUUUGCCAAGCACCUAGACCUGUUUUUUGACAAACUGCAACACAGAGGCUACUGCAAAGAGGAGGCACGACGCCUUGCCAUGCAAACUGUCAAGUGCAACUUGCAUCAGAAGUCUUGGGUUGCUGGCAGAAGCUGCAUUUUGUACAAUGGCAAGGCCGGAUCCCUCGACUCAGAGAAACUCCAAGAGGUGGCGCAACUGAACGAAGAGGCACCAUACGUCCGAAUGAAUCCCAUGAGAUCGUCAGAGAUCGUCAGAGAUCGUGUUCGCUCAUUGCGUCAAGCUGAAGCUGCUGCAGCUCGGCGCAUUGAAGAACUAGAAAGAUUGCGAGAGGCCGAAGCUAAUGAGUCGCAGAGGCUCCGAGAAGAGGUUGCGCAACUCCAAGAAGAGGCCGCAGUGGAGACCGCCCUUGCACAGGUUGCUCUGGAUUCAAGGUGCAACUUGCAUCAGAAGUUUUGGGUUGCUGACAGAAGCUGCAUCUGGUACAAUGGCAAGGUCGCAGAGAGAAGAGUGGAGGAGCUGCAGGCCAUUGUUGCCGGAUCCCUCGACUCAGAGAAACUCCAAGAGGUGGCGCAACUGAACGAAGAGGCCGAAGCUAAUGAGUCGCAGAGGCUCCGAGAAGAGGUUGCGCAACUCCAAGAAGAGGUUGACGUUCAAGAACCUCAUCUGUACUUCACGUUGCGAGACAAGCCUGCCAUCCUGGAGAAAACGGCCGACAUCCCCUACCACGGCCACAUCAAGGAGGAAGAAGGUGUGGACUGCUACGUGUCCUUUCCUGGAAAAUAUGCAGCCGGUUGGGAUGCAUUGAUCAAGGAACGUCACGGACAAUCCGUGGCGUGCGUAUUCCUCUGCACUCCAGCUGACGGCCUUGGAAAGCAUGAAGAAUUUGGUGGCCAGUGCUAUUGCCCCACAAUUUAUGGGCAGCGGGACUUCAAGACUUUCGGUUACUUGAAAGAGCUGCCAGCAUCUUGUAGCGAAGCAGAGGAGAAGAUUGAGGUAGAGAAGGCGACAGCCACGAAGACUGUUGUGGUUCGAUCAGAUGCCAGCGACAAAGACAAACAAGAAGCUGAAGAGAAAGCACGACAAGCUUGGGAGGACAGUGGCAGAGUUGCCUCCUGGGGAUGCGAAUGGUUCCACACGUGGAAGAAGCAGGUGGCCGAAGCCGUGAGGUUGAAGCAACGUCUCAAGGUAGUGUUUUUCCCUGCGCAGACUGGCAAAGGUAUAGUUUCUUUUGAGGAUUUGAACAGAGUGAAUCUUUGGGAUGGAGUUGGCUGCGGUGGGAGCCAAAAGUGCGAAAUCGCAUACUUGGAGCAGAUGAGGCAGCAGCAAGGAGAGGCUUGGAAAUAUGACCAUGUCGAUGUCAGCCAUUUCCUGAAGGAAGAGUUCAAAGUUGGCGCUAAAGUUGAUGCGUGGGACGGCAAGCAGUGGUGCAGAGGUACUUUACUCGAUGUUCCCUUGAGGAUACCAGAGAAGCCCGAGGAGGCAAAAUGGACCGUAGAGUCCCAAACGAAGUGGCACAUUUUUGUUACAGAUCGGGUUAGGCAUGCAGAUUUGAUUCAGGCGAUGCUUGCAGAAGUUGGGCGCGAAAACUUCGUGGACCUGGUGAAAGACUCAUUAUCAACAGAUCUUGGGAUCGUGACAAAUCAGGAUUUUGUAUUCCCAGACGGCACACCUUCGCUCGCUCUCAGACUUGGGAUCGACAACAUUGCGUCUCUCCAGCAUGUACGGAAUGUAGUUUUGAAUAGUGACUUGGAAUCGCGCAUAAAUGAAUCUUUGAAGAAGUGGCAAGUGCACGUGGAUAAGACGCACUUUUGCAAGGUUUUUGAGCGAGAACUGCUAAACCUCUCAGACUUGACAGACCAUCAAAAGGAGAAAGUGAGAGAUAUCAAAGAUCUCAUGAAGCACGGGGAUGUCCAUUUGUCGGCUCCUGCAGGAGCUGGGAAGACGUUCGUAGCUGCACAGUGUGCAUUAGAUAAGCUCAGAAACAAUCCCGAUGGACAAGUCUUUUUCCUGGCACCUUCCAUUGCCCUUGGCCUGUACUUCGUGCGGUGGCUUGCUCAAAGCUCUUCAAACCGCGGGCAGCUUCACAAGUUGUUGAGGCGCAUUGUGUUGAUGGAACCCCAAAGCCAAGCUUUUCUGAGCUUGCGUAUCAAAGGCGACCGUUUUGACUGGAUUCCGUUGCCCAACAGCAAAAAGCGAUUUCUCUUAACAAUCAUCGAUGAGGCACACAAUUUUUUCUGUAUAGAUGAGAACCACACUUUUCUGGAAGAGAAGAUUGAGGCACCACGACAAGUGUUGCUCUUGUCGAGUGUAUCCCAAAACUCAUCUGGUGCAGUGCAUUUUCCACCAGCGAAGGAGAUCAGCCUGACACAAGUGGUGCGCAGUACGAAAAGGAUAGUGGCUGGUGCAGCUGCAUUUCAAGCAAGUGUGGCAGAAAAAGAGCAGAUUGCUUCCUUAUGCCCAGCUGGGCCUCCCCUGAAGGCUUUCCUCUUCGAGUCUGAUGCACAUGUCUUUGAAGAUUAUGCCAAACAUACUGUGUCUGCAUUGUUUCAUGUGAUGCGCAUAUAUGCUGGACUCAGCUUCCACAAUCGCUUGGCCCUUUUGGUGCCCAACCCUGACUUUCUGGAGAAGUUCCAAGAUGCCUUGCAAAGACACUUCUUGACGGCACGCCUUGCAGGGCGAAACUUCAAGCUGAUAUCGUUUACUGAGUCGCUACGCAUGCUCCCAAACGUCAAAGUGAAGCAGGCCACGCAUGCAGACAAUGCAGAGCUGAUAGUGCUGGACACGGUGGAGAAUGCAAAGGGACUGGAGUCACUCAUGGUGGUGUGCAUUGGUCUGGAUCAAAAAGUUGGUGACCAAAGUGCAAACCAGGUGGGGCGCUCAAACAUAUAUCAAGCAAUCACUCGGGCGCAGCUUCAGGCAGUGAUUGUGAACCAGCUCCUCCGAGGAGGUUGGCUGGAAUUCUUGGGGGUCACAAAAUUCAAAAGUGAUACCUUCAAUGAAUCCACAGCUAUGGCCGAGACCACCACUGCUGCUGCUGAAGCCUUGACGAAAGUGCAGCUGCCAUCGAAGUUGGCAAUUCAGGCCUCGCAGGAAGAUUCAUCGCGAAGAGAAGAUGCCAGGGCGAUCCAAAGAGAUCCUCUGAAGCCAGAUGCUGUGCCACCUUCAAAGCCAAUGUUGGAAGAAGGUCAAGACCCCACAACUGCACCUGAGGCGGGUGACAAGCCCGGUGACAAGUUGGUCGUGGAGAUCAAGGAUUCAUCUGUGUGGGACGCCGAUGUCAUUGACAUCAAGGAGCCGAUCUCACAGCUGCAGUUUGACCCUCGAUCACCCACGGGAAAAGCUGAGGAAGAGGUAGCAUCCUUGGAGGCUGAAGAAGUCCGAGAAGCCCGAGAAGCCCAAGAAGCUGCCGAUGCAGAGGAAGCUGCAGAAUGUCAGGGUCUUGGAGAGAUUCUUCAGGCGCCCUUUGCGCCAUCCCGCCCUCCAUCCCCGCAGUCUGGCUGCCAUGUGCAGACAAGUAGGUUGAAGACAGCAUCGGUGCUGACUGGCCGCUGUAGCUUCAUUGUGGCAGCCGAUACCGUUUGCAUCGACCAGCUUCUGGUGCUGACUGGCCGUUGCCACGGAGAUGCUGAUGGUUGGUGGCAGGGGCUGCUUCCGCGGGAGGCGAAGGCCUCGGUGACUGUGAAAGACAACAAAGGAGUGACUGCAAUUUGCCUUCCCGUAGCCUUCUCAGACGUCUGUCGUCAACCUUUGGAAUGUUCCUUGACGUGGCGCAGCUUGUUGCUGAUCACCAUGGGCAGCGGCAGCUCGGCUCAGGCAUACCAGCUGACAGCCGAGGAGGCAGCAGAUGUUGACACUUUUCUGGCGGCUGGACUCGCACAGGCGGGAUCACACAACUUACGAGACGGCCUGGGUGUGGAGGCCAGAGCUCAUGACUCCGAUACACUCCCGGAAGAGGUGGAGCUGGUGAAGGACUCGUUGAUGUUGCAGGUCUGCUCGUUGCAUCAAGCAGAAACUGCUGCAGCUCAGCGCAUUCAAGAGCUAGACAGUUAUUUGCGAGAGCCGGUUUCAGUGACUUUCACCAAAGCGGAUGCGGCUUGCAGGAAGCAAAAGGUGUGGAGCAAGUGCUUGGGCAACUUGGUGAAGUAUCUGAAGCUCUUGGCCGAGCUGGACCUACCGAUCUCAAGGAUGACCCACUCACACGCAGGGCGGUCGACUGCUUUGCGAGUUUACUUGGAUGCCUUCACGAAGACAAGGGAUGAGCGAGUGACUUUGUUUUCCAAUCGCAACUCCUUGUUGCCCAAACUUGAAGAGGAGACAGUGUUGAAGGAAGUCUCGAAAAUGCAAUCGCAAAAGCUUGGGGAGGAGCAUCCACUGACCGUGAACUCCAAGGCCGACCUAGCAGUUCUACAAGAACGGGACGAGCAAAAAGAAGCCGCUCAAGUGUUGAAGGAAAUUUUGCGAGAACCACAUGGACAUGACGUGGGCAUUGAUUUUGUGAAAGAUCUUACACUUAGCCCUGGACCUGCUGCUGCGGCGAAGGACCCCAAAGAGCUGGUGAGUCACAGUCUACCUGCUCCUCCGGGACCUUCAGAUGCAGGAAUUGGAUGCAACCAAGUGAUUUUCGGAAUCGUGCGACAGUAUCGUGGACAUGUUUUUACUUACCUCGCCGGAUCCCACGACUCGGAGAAGCUCCAAGAGGUGGCGCAACUGAACGAAGAGGCACCAUACGUCCGAAUACAUCCCAUGAGAUCGUCAGAGAUCGUCAGAGAUCGCGUUCGCUCAUUGCGUCAAGCUGAAGCUGCUGCAGCUCGGCGCAUUGAAGAACUAGAAAGUCGAUUGCGAGAGGCCGAAGCUAAUGAGUCGCAGAGGCUCCGAGAAGAGGUUGCGCAACUCCAAGAAGAGGUUGACGUUCAAGAACCUCAUCUGUACUUCACAUUGCGAGACAAGCCUGCCAUCCUGGAGAAAACGGCCGACAUCUCCUACCACGGCCACAUCAAGCGGGAAGAAGGUUUAGACUGCUACGUGUCCUUUCCUGGAAAAUAUGCAGCCGGUUGGGAUGCAUUGAUCAAGGAACGUCACGGACAAUCCGUGGCGUGCGUGUUCCUCUGCACUCCAGCCGACGGCCUUGGAAAGCACUAUAAAGAAGAAUUUGGUGGCCAGUGCUAUUGCCCCACAAUUUAUGGGCAGCGGGACUUCAGGACUUUCGGUUACUUGAAAGAGCUGCCAGCAUCUUGUAGCGAAGCAGAGGAGAAGAUUGAGGUAGAGAAGGCGAAAGCCACGAAGACUGUUGUGGUUCGAUCAGAUGCCAGCGACAAAGACAAACGAGAAGCUGAAGAGAAAGCACGACAAGCUUGGGAGGACAGUGGCAGAGUUGCCUCCUGGGGAUGUGAAUGGUUCCACACGUGGAAGAACCAGGUGGCCGAAGCCGUGAGGUUGAAGCAACGUCUCAAGGUCGUGUUUUUCCCUGCACAGACUGGCAAAGGUAUAGUUUCUUUUGAGGAUUUGAACAGAGAUGAUGUAAAUCUUUGGGAUGGAGUUGGCUGCGGUGGGAGCCAAAAGUGCGAAAUCGCAUACUUGGAGCGGAUGAGGCAGCAGCAAGGAGAGGCUUGGAAUUAUGAUCAUGUGGACGUCAGCCAUUUCCUGAAGGAAGAGUUCAAAGUUGGGGCUAAAGUUGAUGCGUGGGACGGCAAGCAGUGGUGCAGAGGUACUUUACUCGAUGUUCCCUUGAGGAUACCAGAGAAGCCCGAGGAGGCGAUGCUUGCAGAAGUUGGGCGCGAAAACUUCGUGGACCUGGUGAAAGACUCAUUAUCAACAGAUCUUGGGAUCGUGACAAAUCAGGAUUUUGUAUUCCCAGACGGCACACCUUCGCUCGCUCUCAGACUUGGGAUUGACAACAUUGCGUCUCUCCAGCAUGUACGGAAUGUAGUUUUGAAUAGUGACUUGGAAUCGCGCAUAAAUGAAUCUUUGAAGAAGUGGCAAGUGCACGUGGAUAAGACGCACUUUUGCAAGGUUUUUGAGCGAGAACUGCUAAACCUCUCAGACUUGACAGACCAUCAAAAGGAGAAAGUGAGAGAUAUCAAAGAUCUCAUGAAGCACGGGGUUGUCCAUCUGUCGGCUCCUGCAGGAGCUGGGAAGACUUUCGUAGCUGCACAGUGUGCAUUAGAUAAGCUCAGAAACAAUCCUGAUGGACAAGUCUUUUUCCUGGCACCUUCCAUUGCCCUUGGCCUGUACUUCGUUCGGUGGCUUGCUCAAAGCUCUUCAAACCGCGGGCAGCUUCACAAGUUGUUGAGGCGCAUUGUGUUGAUGGAACCCCAAAGCCAAGCUUUUCUGAGCUUGCAUAUCAAAGGCGACCGUUUUGACUGGAUUCCGUUGCCCGACAGCAAAAAGCGAUUUCUCUUAACAAUCAUCGAUGAGGCACACAAUUUUUUCUGUAUAGAUGAGAACCACACUUUUCUGGAAGAGAAGAUUGAGGCACCACGACAAGUGUUGCUCUUGUCGAGUGUAUCCCAAAACUCAUCUGGUGCAGUGCAUUUUCCACCAGCGAAGGAGAUCAGCCUGACACAAGUGGUGCGCAGUACGAAAAGGAUAGUGGCUGGUGCAGCUGCAUUUCAAGCAAGUGUAGCAGAAAAAGAGCAAAUUGCUUCCUUAUGCCCAGCUGGGCCUCCCCUGAAGGCUUUCCUCUUCGAGUCUGAUGCACAUGUCUUUGAAGAUUAUGCCAAACAUACGGUAUCUGCAUUGUUUCAUGUGAUGCGCAUAUAUGCUGGACUCAGCUUCCACAAUCGCUUGGCUCUUUUGGUGCCCAACCCUGACUUUCUGGAGAAGUUCCAAGAUGCCUUGCAAAGACACUUCUUGACGGCACGCCUUGCAGGGCGAAACUUCAAGCUGAUAUCGUUUACUGAGUCGCUACGCAUGCUCCCAAACGUCAAAGUGAAGCAGGCCACACAUGCAGACAAUGCAGAGCUGAUAGUGCUGGACACGGUGGAGAAUGCAAAGGGACUGGAGUCACUCAUGGUGGUGUGCAUUGGUCUGGAUCAAAAAGUUGGUGACCAAAGUGCAAACCAGGUGGGGCGCUCAAACAUAUAUCAAGCAAUCACUCGGGCGCAGCUUCAGGCAGUGAUUGUGAACCAGCUCCUCCGAGGAGGUUGGCUGGAAUUCUUGGGGGUCACGAAAUUCAAAAGUGAUACCUUCAAUGAAUCCACAGCUAUGGCCGAGACCACCACUGCUGCUGCUGAAGCCUUGACGAAAGUGCAGCUGCCAUCGAAGUUGGCAAUUCAGGCCUCGCAGGAAGAUUCAUCGCGAAGAGAAGAUGCCAGGGCGAUCCAAAGAGAUCCUCUGAAGCCAGAUGCUGUGCCACCUUCAAAGCCAAUGUUGGAAGAAGGUCAAGACCCCACAACUGCACCUGAGGCGGGUGACAAGCCCGGUGACAAGUUGGUCGUGGAGAUCAAGGAUUCAUCUGUGUGGGACGCCGAUGUCAUUGACAUCAAGGAGCCGAUCUCACAGCUGCAGUUUGACCCUCGAUCACCCACGGGAAAAGCUGAGGAAGAGGUAGCAUCCUUGGAGGCUGAAGAAGUCCGAGAAGCCCGAGAAGCCCAAGAAGCUGCCGAUGCAGAGGAAGCUGCAGAAUGUCAGGGUCUUGGAGAGAUUCUUCAGGAUCUUACAGGAUCUUGGGGUCUUAGAGGUUGA